CAUAUUCUCUCCUUAUAAAAUGCCCACAAGAAAAACAUCUUCACAUUAAAACCCACCCCCCUCUCUCUCUCUCUCUCUCUAAGUCUCAAAGACGCAAACAAUAUUGUAAUCAAGAUAUGAAGGGCGCUAAUUCCUUGCUAUCUCCCAUUGCAAAGAGAUUAGCAGGUAAGGUGGCCUUGAUAACCGGAGGUUCUAGUGGAAUUGGUGAGAGCACUGCAAGGCUGUUUGCUCACCAUGGUGCUAAGGUCAUCAUUGCCGAUAUCCAAGAUGAGCUUGGUCACGACAUAGCUAGCACCAAUGUCGAUGCCAUUUCCUAUGUUCGUUGUGAUGUCACUAGGGAGUCGGAUGUCGAGAAUGCUGUCAAUAUUGCAGUCUCAAAGCAUGGCAGACUCGACAUAAUGUUCAACAACGCAGGGUGUUCGGAUCCGGCAGAGGGGAAAAUUACAACCUUCGAACAAGAGGCCUUCAACAAAGUUAUUAGCUUGAACGUGUUGGGAUCAUUCCUGGGGGCCAAACAUGCAGCCAAAGUAAUGAUUCCGGCAAAAAGGGGAAACAUUUUAUUCAAUGCAAGCUAUGCAUCAGUGUCACAUGGAGCAACCUCGCACAUCUACACGGCAUCGAAGCAUGCACUGGUAGGACUAACCAAGAAUUUGUGCGUGGAGUUGGGGCAAUAUGGAAUUAGAGUAAAUUGCAUAUCACCAUUUGGUGUGGCCACACCUAUGACAAUGAUGGGGGCGGGAGUAGGUAAGAAGGAAAUAGAAGAUUUAAUAUCCUCAGCAGCAAAUUUGAAAGGGACAGUUUUGCAAGCAAGCGAUGUGGCCAAGGCAGCAUUGUUUUUAGCGAGUGAUGAGUCUAGCUACGUGAGUGGGCUUAACCUAAUCGUGGACGGCGGUUAUAGUACGACCAAUAUAGCCAUUGCAGAGAGCAAACGAAAGAUGUUUACUUGAGAACCUAAUGACAUAUUAUUUGAUAAUUAAAGCUAUUGUCUCCGAGUAA